AUGCAUUUUGUAACAAUAUUUUAUCUCUGCCUAGCUGGAAAUUUGUAUACCCAGCUAGAGUUAGCUGAGGGAUAUAAAAUACUAGCUGUGUAUGCCUAUCCAGGCAAAUCUCAUUUUAUGAUGCACAAUGCAUUGAUAAGGGAACUCGUCGAAAGUGGCCAUCAGGUGACUAUGAUAACGGCCUUUUCUCUGGAAAAAGAGCAGCUUGGCAGCAACUACACGGAAAUUUUGAUAGAACCGGUCUAUGAUUAUUGGCAAGACGUUAAGAUGAACUUUAAAGCCCACCACUUGUUUGAGUUGACUCGCUUGAACCACUAUGAUUUCCUAAAAAUGCUGGAGAUUAUUGGGGUAAAGACAACGGAACAUGCUCUACGACAGCCCAAGGUUCAGGCUCUCAUUAAUGCAAAGGAAAAGCAUGGGGUCUUUGAUCUUCUCCUCGCUGAACAGUUCUAUCAGGAGGCCUUCUUGGCCCUGGCUCAUGUCUACAAAAUACCGGUGGUCACAACGAGUACAUUGAUGUAUGAGAGCCACAUGAGCCAGAUGAUGGGUCUGAUUACCCCUUGGUCUUUUGUGCCUCACAGCUUUAUGCCCUUCACCGAUCGCAUGACUUUCCUGGAAAGGGUUAAGAAUUCAUACGUUUCGUUCUACCAAGACAUGGAUAGGUUGCUCAACUAUUUCCCAAAAAUGGACGCCGUGGUCAGGGAGUUUUUUGGGCCCGUUUUGGCUGAGGUGCCAAAGGUCAAGCAAAUGGAACGGGAAAUCUCAGUGAUGUUGCUCAACAGUCACGCCCCGCUGACCACGUCACGUCCCACGGUGGAUGCCAUGGUGCCGGUGGGCGGCAUGCACAUCUAUCCCCCAAAAGCUCUGCCGGCUGACAUGCAGGAGUUUUUAGAUGGGGCCACCGAGGGGGCUAUCUUCUUCAGCCUGGGCAGCAAUGUCCAGAGCAAGGAUAUGCCCGUGGAGAUGCUGCGCCUGUUCCUGCAGGUAUUCGGUUCCCUCAAACAGCGGGUGCUGUGGAAAUUCGAGGACGAGAGCAUUCGCCAGUUGCCGGAAAAUGUGAUGGUGCGGAAGUGGCUGCCCCAGGCGGAUAUUCUCGCCCAUCGCAACGUGAAGGUUUUCAUCACCCACGGCGGACUGUUUGGAACCCAGGAGGGAGUUCACUAUGCUGUUCCAAUGCUGGGCAUACCCAUCUACUGUGAUCAGCACCUGAAUAUAAACAAAGCGGUUUUGGGUGGCUACGCCAUCAGCCUGCACUUUCAGUCGAUUACCGAGGAGAUCCUCCGAGAAUCCCUGCUCCAACUAAUUCACAAUACCACCUAUAAGGAGAACGUUCAGAGGGCCUCGAACAUAUUUCGCGAUCGUCCGCUGGAGCCGCGAAAAAGUGCCGUCUAUUGGAUCGAAUAUGUCAUCCGACAUCGGGGUGCUCCGCACAUGCGAUCCGCAGGCCUCGAUCUCAACUGGUUCCAAUUCUAUUUGCUGGAUGUGGUGGCUUUUGCGGGCAUCAUUGCCUUGAGUGGAAUUCUGGUCCUCUCGUUGGCUAUUAGAUUGUUAAUGCCCAGCAACAGCAACAAAAAACAGAAGAAGGCUAAGAAAAUUUUUCUGCCUAUCCUGAUCUUGAGCCUAGUGCUUCUUCAGCAACUGGAAAUGUCGGUUGGCCAUCGAAUUCUGGCCGCUUUCUUUUUUCCAGCCAGGAGCCACUUUAUGAUAACCCACGCAAUUAUACGGGAGCUGGUAAACCAAGGACAUGCAGUUACUUUCAUUACUCCGUUCUCCUUAGCUAAAGAAAAUCUGGGACCAAACUUUAAGGAGGUACUGAUUCCUCAAUACGAUUUCUGGCCAGAGACUAAGCAAUCAACCAAGACCAACAGCAUUUUGGAGAUGAGCGAUGUGCCUAGUUUUACCUUUAUUAAGCUGGUCCAACUGAUGGGUAUCCGAAGCACGGACUUUGCCUUCGAGCAGCCGGGAAUUCAGGCCAUAAUUAAUGAAAAGAAUAAGGUUGGCAAGUACGAUCUUCUGCUGGCGGAGCAGUUCUUCAACGAGGGUGCUCUGAUCCUAGGACACCUUUACCAGAUUCCCAUCAUAACGGUUUCGACCUUUGGCUAUGCCAACUACCUCAGCCAGCUUUUUGGUAUAGUGUCUCCAUGGUCGUAUGUCCCACAUGUCUUUAUGCCCUACACGGAUCGGAUGUCGCUGUGGGAGAGAAUUUCAAAUGCUGCCAUCAGUGCUGCAGAUGAUCUUAGCAGGCAGUUCUCCUACUACCCCGGUCAGGAUGCCGUCCUAAAGAAACACUUCUCCAAACUGCUCGAUAGAGUUCCGACCAUAAAGGAACUAGAGCGAAAUAUCUCUGCUAUCCUAUUGAACACCUACAUGCCAUUGGCUUCGGCUAGACCCAUGGCAUAUAAUAUGAUCCCUGUGGGUGGACUGCAUAUUCAGCUAUCGAAGGCGUUGCCGGAGGACCUUCAGAAGUUUCUGGAUGGAGCUACCCAUGGAGCUAUUUACUUCAGCUUGGGCUCCCAAGUACGCAGUGCUGAUCUCCCGCCCGAAAAGCUGAAGAUAUUCCUGGACGUCUUUGGCAGUCUGAAACAGCGUGUUCUUUGGAAGUUCGAGGAUGAAUCUCUGCCCAAUCUGCCGGCCAAUGUGAAGGUGCAGAGUUGGUUACCUCAGGCCGACAUCCUGGCGCAUCCCAAUGUCAAGGUGUUCAUUGCCCAUGGUGGACUCUUCGGAACCCAGGAAGCGGUGUACAAUGGAGUACCAAUUCUAGGAAUGCCUGUCUACAGUGAUCAGCACCACAACAUUAAUCAGGGAAAGAAAGCGGGAUAUGCUUUGGGCCUGGAUUACAGGAGUAUUACGGUGGAAGAGUUGCGAGCACUGCUUCUUGAACUGAUUGAGAAUCGUAAAUACGCAAAUAACAUAAAGAAGGCCUCAAAGGUGUUCCGCGAUCGACCCCUUGGGGCUAUGGACACGGCGAUGUACUGGAUUAACUAUGUGAUUGAGCACCAUGGAGCUCCCCAUCUGGUGGCAGCUGGCGUUGAACUUCCAUGGUAUCAAUUCUACCUCCUGGACAUUAUCGUUCUUGGAAUAGCUAUCAUUAUUUUGCCAGUGAUUGCUGUAAUCUUUAUAUGGCGAAUGAACUUUAAAACUAAGAGAGAUUAAA